AUGAUACGCACGCUUUCUUUCAUAGGCGCCUGGCUUGUUGCUAGUGGCACUGCUCUAGCGCAAGCCGACAGCAGCUUUGAGCCGGCCAACUUCAACGUCACUGCUGCGUUAAAAGAUUAUGGCGUUGAGAUAUCCAGUUUACCUACCCUGACAAAUUUGGCACAGCGAUCAACAGAAUCGUCUUGUCUUGCAGCUUGCACUAGCCUCAACUCCAUCUUUGGCUCUGAGAAAGUCCUAGCUCAGGGGAACGCAAGCUAUACAAGUUUUACGGACUCUUUCUGGUCUAACCAGCAGGCAGAAGUUCGCCCAUCUUGUAUUUUCAAGCCUGGCGUCAACAAAGAUGUUGCUAUAGUUGUGUUGCUAUCUCGGCUAACCAGGUGUCCGUUCGCGGCCAAGAGCGGCGGUCACGCCGCUUUCCGGGGCGCGUCCAGCAGCCCGGGGGGAAUUACCAUCUGGUUCACUGACAUGAAUGAUAUAAGCCUGAAUGAUGAUCGUUCGGUCGCAUCUAUCGGGCCAGGGAACCUCUGGGGCCAAGUUUAUAAGGCACUCGAACCGUAUGGGUUGGCCGUUGUCGGCGGUCGUGAGAGUAGCCUCGGCGUGGGAGGUUUUGUUACAGGCGGUGGCAUUGCCUUUCACUCCAACUUAUAUGGUUUGGCUUUGGAUAAUGUGGAAAGCUUUGAGAUCGUGACGGCCAGCGGCCGGAUUGUGACUGCUAGCGCAAAACACUUUUCAGACCUCUACUGGGCUCUCCGCGGCGGAGGCAAUAACCUUGGUCUCGUUACCAAGUUCAACUUGUAUACAAUCCCGAGUUCGACAAUGCGCGGGACUACGCGCGCCAUUGAGCAAGCUCGACUCCCGGAGGUCGUCAGUGCUUUCGUAAGUGUCGCCCGUGGCGCAACAUCCGAUGGCAACGCCCAGCAAUACGUCGCAUUUGCUCGUAUGCAAGGAGUGACUGUCGCAUCUGCAGAGCUCUCAUACGCGCUGAAUACAACAGACCCGCCUAUCUUUAAGCCAUACAGAGACAUCCCCGCAUUGGCCGAUAUCACCGAGUCCAGGAGCCUAGUGGAGUACGCCGAGUAUAUCAAUGACCAAAACCCCGACGGCCACCGGGAGAUGUACUGGACAGUUGCGGCGCAGCUAGAUGAAUCAUUCGCCCGCUGGGCGGCUGAAUACUUCUUCGAGGUCAUGCCGCAAGCAGCCAACAUAUCGGGUGGCAACCCUGUGAUAAUUUACCAGGCACUGACGGAGCCGAUGCUGGCCAACAUGACCAAGUUUGGUGGCAAUGCGUUGGGUUUGGAUACAUCACAAGGACCGCUGAUUCUAUUCAAUAUGGCCUUUUGGUGGGAUAACGCGGCCGACGACAAUGCCGUCUACGCUUUCAUUUACGAUUACUUUAAAGUCAUCACCGAGGAAGCAAAGAAGCGUGGUAUUGCCCAUCAGUAUAUCUAUAUGAAUUAUGGCAGCCAGUUCCAAGAUGUCAUUGCGGGUUACGGUGCAGACAGCAAGGCCCGCCUGCAGAAACCUGGAUAUUUCAAGUUAAAUGGGGCACCUGUGCAAUACUGA